AUUAGUGUUUGUUUUUCCUCUCUUCACAUUCGACUGGAUAUUGUGCUGGGCUGUGAUCGGUCAGCUGCAUACCUGAUUUCCUGAUUUUGCUGGGUUUCUGUUGAACCACAGACUAAACAUGGCAACGUAUAUGGGCAAUACUGCUUCUGAAUCUGAGGUGGUGUUCAAGGCAGAAUACGAUUCACUUGAAAAGGCUGAGAUCUCAGUGGAGCCAAAACAAGUGGGAUUAGAAAACCUGGAAAACCAAGACCCAGUGAUGGUGAAGAAGGAGGAGGUCAAGACAGAAUACAAUUCACAUGAAAUGGCAGAGAUCUCAGAGAAGCACACGAGUUCAGAAGACCUGAAAAAGGACAUAAAGGAAGAUGCUACCCUAAGGAAUAAGGUGGAGUUCAAGGCUGAUUUAAAUUCACGUCAUAUGACAGAGAUCUCAGUGGAGGGGAAGCACCUGAGUUUAGGAGAGCUGAGAAAACACAUAGACGAAGAUCCUACGAUAUGGCAGACAAUAUGUAAUGCGGGCCGGUUGGACACUGACAAAAUUAAGGCAAAAUCCAGAGACAAACCAAAGAUACUGGAUUCCUUAGACAAAGUUGUGUCUGAAUAUCCAACUCCUGUUGAAUUUCAGGUUUCAAGUGUAGCCCACGCCACUACCAAGAAUCCAUUCAAAGCAAUAUUGGAGUCAGAGGUGAUUAAACCCCCUGACACUGAGUUUUCAUGGUGGACAUUAGCAAUUAAUGAAGACGAAAUCAAGUCUGCAGAGAAACUCUACUUGGAGAGUAUAAAAAUACAAAGCGGAGAACAGUUCCUGAAGAACUUUACCACCUCACCAGCUUUCCAGCAUGAUAAAUCCCAGUACGGUAACUACAGAUUUACCUUCCCCCUGUCUGAGCUGAUGGAACUGUACAAGGAGCAGAACUGUGAAGGAGAGGAGCCAGUUCUGAGGGUCUUUAAGACAAUGUUCUACAAACAAGAGAUUGUGUACGCUGUGCUGAUUCACAGUCCUCAAGACAACAAGCUUUUUGAAGCAAUGCCACUUCUUGAAGAGAGCAGAUUUGCUCAUUAUGAGGAGGGGAAAAUUAUCUGGCACGCACAGGCCAUUUCUGGUAAACACAAGUUUAAACUUUCAAUAGAACCUAAUCCAGCACGAUUAAUAGUGAAACGUCAACACUGCUCCACAUAUUAUGUGUGGGACAAUGUGUGUCUGGCUUUUCAUUUGCCUUUUGAUAAGUCCCUGAAAGUCCCUAGGAAAAGACUUAUAGACGCCCUCGAUGCCUGUAAACUUCAUAAUAAGAAUUUCCUUCGAAAGGAAAAGCCUGCAGAUUGCGAAGAAAUGUUUGCAGAUGUAAAGAAGGAGGUGGAUGAUUUGAAAAAGGAGCUAGAAGACAACACAGAUAAUGUUACGGAAUGAUAAAAAUUAAUCAGAAGAGCAGUAAUGAAAAUCUGCAUUAUUCCAAGUAGGGUUUUAGGACGUGAAGAUUGUAAAAUACAUUGUAUCGUUCAAAAUAAUUGCAUCUGCUUAGUUAUCUGUAUGUGGGAUUACUUAUAUCUGAACUCAUACUGUAAUUGUUCAUCUACACUAUUCAUCCACUUUUUCAAAGGCUCCUGCCUAUUGGUGGGACCCUAAUCAAUUGCUAAGCUGAAUCAAGCACGUCUUGAUUCAAUGCCCUUGUCAAGAUAGGCAAGUCCUUAGUCAAUUCUCAAGUCAACAAGUAAGUCCAAUAGAUGGAUAACAGCAAUGCCCUCAACAGUGGCGUAAACACAAAUGGUAAACGCGUUUAUUGUUUACGAUAGAAUGACAACAUAAACAGACAGUUUGGUAACAUGACACUUUUCUGACUUUACGAGUUGAUGUGGACAUCCUGAACUCCUCAUUAGCAUGAAAUAUACAUCAGACAGUCCUAUGAGUCUGAGGCUGAGAGUACCUGCUUUGCUCUUGCAGAAGGUUUCAGGUCUUUUCCAGUCAUAACGCCCAUUUCUAGUUAAAAGUCCCUGUCAGUAGUGUGUAAAGCUGAAUGAAUGAAUUAAUUAAUUGAUUAAUCUUUUUGCGAAUCAUGUUGUCGCAUCUGAAGCGUCACAAUUGUGACUCAGGUUUCUAGUAGUGGGUGGUGAGUGUAGAUGUACAAAUUCAAAGUAGAAUUACCCAAAACAUAACAUCCAUGUUUACUCCUAGUCUGUUUUCUGUUGCUAACUUUGGAUUUUUUUUUUCUGUUCAUGCUGAAAAUAAUGAAUUUUUUAAAUUGACGAAUUGAUGGAAUUACAAUGUAUCUCACAUAUACGUGUUCUUGGGAGGCUCCCCAAGUUUACUGAUGGGUACUCAAGUAUAUUUUAUACAUUACAUUUGAACAAUCUAUUAAAAAUUUUAGAUUGUAUGUAUUUUUAUACAUUUUAAUGUAGUUCAUAUAUUUUCUCGAAAACACAGAUUAUGUACUUAAAUAACCAAUUAAGUAAGCAGAAUUUGUAAUAUUUGAAUAUAACAUCCCCUUACACUCCAUCUUUUCUAGGGCUUUUAUGGUUAAUUGUGUUGUAAUACUUUUUUAUUUUUUAUGUAUAAUGUUGUUUUAUUGUUAUUAUUGAAAUGGUACAGUUUAUAAAUGUGAAAACAUUGUAAUACUGUAAUACUGUAAAAUUGUGUUUGGUAGUUCUAUAAUCAUUUAUAUAUAUGUAACUUACUGGUAAACAGUAAGUAUAAAAAGCAAAUAAAUACAUAAACCUUGAAUGACUGUUAGAAAUAAAGGUUCUGUAUAUAAA